ACGUGAGGUGGUGAUUCGAGGCGUUAAAUCUUCAAAUUCUUUGCUCUGGUACCGAGCCUAUUGCCAUAGCUGUUGAUCCAGACCGAACCUAACUAAACACCUGCUGUAUAAUUAAGACGAUUCCACAAAUUCAUUUUCGGAAAACAUAUUUGAAAGCAAGGUGGAAGAGAUAAAACGUGAGCGCUGUGUGUUUUAAUCGUCGAUUGGUCUUCUUUUCGAAUCUCACACUGAGGAGGAGCUCAUGGAGCAAAGGAUGGGAGCCAUGGAGCUCGCGGGGCUUCAUUCGGACCAAAACUGUCCUUGGUUUGACUUAUGGCAUGCUCCUUUUAUCAAUGUAAAUAUAAUAAAUUUUCUGCUUCUGUUAGCAAAGAGAGAUUGCCCUUCAAAAUUCAUCUCGAUUAAGCCACCAUGAGAAGAUCAAACUGCACAAUUUAUGUUGGUAAUCUUCCAGGGGAUGUAACAAAGGGUGAAAUUGAGGACCUCUUUUACAAGUAUGGGCGCAUCAUAGACAUUGAUUUAAAGCUACCGCCACGACCACCUGGUUAUUGCUUCAUUGAGUUUGAGGAUGCUCGAGAUGCUGAGGAUGCAAUCAGAGGUCGUGAUGGUUACAAGUUUGAUGGACACAGGCUUCGGGUUGAGAUUGCUCGUGGAGGAGGUGCUUCAUCUGUUGACAUUUAUGACAGUAGUAGCUACUAUUCUGGUAGUCGUUCAAGUAGUACAUAUAGGCGCUCUGGAUACCGUGUUCUUGUUUAUGGAUUACCUUCUUCAGCAUCAUGGCAAGAUUUGAAGGAUCACAUGCGACGAGCUGGUGAUGUAUGCUUUGCUGAAGUAUAUCGCAAAAGAAGUGGCACUGUGGGAGUUGUGGACUAUACAACCUAUGAAGAUAUGAAGUAUGCGAUAAGGAAGCUUGAUGAUUCAGAGUUCCGUAAUCCUUUCUCUCGUUCAUACAUAAGGGUUAGAGAAGACAGAGGGUAUCAAAGUAGCUAUUCCCGGAGUCGGAGCCGCAGCCGAAGCCCAAGCUAUGAUUAUUACAGGCGAGGAUAUCGUGGUCGCAGUUAUAGCAGAAGUCGAAGCCCCAGUUAUAGACAAAGCCGAAGCCGCAGCCGCAGUUACGGUUAUCGACGGAGUUAUAGUGGAAGCAGUCGAUCCAGAAGCCCAUUUUCUUAUUCAUGUUCACGAUCGAGGUCAGUUUCAAAGUCUCCAUCUGGUUCAUACUCUCCUAGGCAUAAGACUGCUUCACGUUCUGUAUCUCGAUCACCAUCACGGUCACAAUCACGUUCACGUUCUGUUUCCAGGUCUAGAUCACAUUCACCGUCUCCAAUGAGACCAUUUUCACGAAGCCGAAGCCAAAGUCAAAGCCUGAGUUUUAGCCAACAUUAUAGUAAGAAGCGAAGUGCUAGUGCAUCACGCUCCCGUUCUGGUUCAGAUCCUCGAUAUCCAUCGAUGAAGACACACAGUGGUAGUGAAGGUCCAAGUGUACGCAGUGUGAGCCCAAGAUCUGAAGAUAAUGGAAUAUCUCCUAGCCGGGAUUCUUCAUGAUCUGCAUAGACGUUGAAUAUCAUUUAUUUUUUAUAUUAUAGAUUCAGCGACCCUGAGCAAUUAUACUUAACUAGAAAGCAUAGGUUUAAUUAAUUAGGUUAUCUGGUAUUCACUGGAAUUUUAUGCAGGAUUCAUUGUAUUUUUGAGAUUUUUGCGACUUCUGUGUACAUUUAUGUUUUCCCACAAUAUCAUCAUUUGUAUUCAAAACGGUAGAUGUUACUCUUUUACCAGUGGAACUUUCUGCAGUUUAUAUUGUAAUUAGAUGUAUUCAGUGGAUUUCUGCAGGUUUUAUUCUAAUUUUGAGAUUUUUGUGGUUC